AUCAUUUUUUGAAAGAACAAUUUUAUUCAAAACAAGAAAUAUUUUCUCGAAUAAAAUAUAUAAAAUUACAUUGAAACGAUACCAAAAAUGGAAAAGAAAAAAGGAUCAAAAGCUUUACCAGAUCUACCAUCUGACAAUCAAAUACGAAUCAAACGUCUACUACAGGAUUUAGAGCGAGAAUUUGACAUUUUACUCAACGAAAAUUCAUUGCUUCAAGAACAACUUAAUCGCUUUACAAGUGAAAGUGGAACACCAGCAAAUACAAAAGAGAACGAACGACCUUCAGCUGAUUUCGAAAUUUCCGAAGGAAAAAAAUUAAAAUCAAAAUUAACUGCAAGUGGUACAAAAGCUGGUUAUAAGAUUAGAGCACAGACAAGUCGAAUAGUUUCAAGUUUUAAAACACAGUCGAUCGUUUCUUCGCUCGUAAGAGACUUUACUGGCACACAUUCCGAUGGUGUCUGGGAAGUCUCAGCUUCAUUAAAUCAACCUUUGAUUGCAACAGCGAGUGCUGAUCAUUUAGCUUGUAUAUGGAGCAUUGACACUGGACGAUGUUUACUUAAAUAUGAGGGUCACGGAGGCUCUGUUAAUUCUAUAAGAUUCCAUCCAUCAAAAGAUUUGUUGCUGACUGCAUCUGGAGAUACAACAGCACAUAUUUUUCUGGGAGCUGUUAAUUGGGAAAGUGCCGCUGCUUCAUCACGUCGUGGCCAUUCAUCAGAAGAAGAGCUUGAAGAUGAUUCAGAAGAACCACAUGCCGUUGAAGAAAGAGAAAGAAUUGAAACACUCAGAACGCCACUUCAAGAGUUUUCGAAUGGUCAUUCAUCAGUUGUAGUCGCUGCUGAUUGGAUUGCUUCGACAGAAUCACCUACACAAAUUAUUACAGCUUCGUGGGAUCGCUCGGCUAUUCUCUGGGACAUUGAAACAAAAGCAUCCAUUCAGACACUCACAGGCCAUGACAAUGAACUCACACACUGUUCAGCACAUCAAAGUCAUCGUCUUGUGGUGACAUCGUCGAGAGAUUCAACAUUUCGCCUUUGGGAUUUUCGUUCAGAAAUACCAGCAGUUAGCGUAUUUCAAGGACAUUCCGAAUCAGUCACUUCUACCAUCUUUACAAAAGACGACAAAGUCAUUUCAGGAUCAGAUGAUAAAUCUGUGAAAAUUUGGGAGCUGAGAAAUAUGCGGGCACCUUUAACAACCAUCAGAACCGAUUCCCCAGUCAACAGACUUGCUGUCUCUCUAUCUGGUGUCAUUGCAAUUCCACAUGACAAUCGUUCAAUUCGACUUUUUGAUCUGAAUGGACAAAGAAUUGCAAGACUGCAAAGAACAUCGCGAAUGGGUCAUCGUCGGAUGGUUUCAUCGAUGGCAUGGAAAGAAAAUUCGCCAACGUGCAAUCUUUUCUCGUCUGGUUUUGACAAGAAAGUGUUUGGAUGGCAUAUUUCAAUUUAAAUUUAAAAAAAUAUUGAAAUAUUUGUCGUCAGUAUUAGAGAACUUUUAACCAAGGAAGAGUCUUUGAGUCUUUUAUGUUUAUAUUAAGAUGAUGAAAGGAUGGAGAAAAUAAUUUAAGAAAUGAAGUAUAAGAUCUGAAUCUAUGUGGAUAAUUUGAAUUCUCCUCCAUUUCAUCAUCAAAGCUUGAUUUGCCAUCUCGACCACAAUUUCCAUGACCGUCUCAACUUUUGUGACUUUUUUAACAUUAAAAGUGAUUUAACAUCCGCAUUUUUGAGAAUCUCACAGUUACUAAAUAUUCAAAUCCAAGGCUUUAAAAUUUAAACUUAACUCUAUUGUAAUCGUUUGCUAUCUCAAGUUUAAAGAAAAUAUAUUUUGUUGGUUCAAA